AUGUCCGCCAAGAAUUUCGCGCUGAUCGUGUUGGCGUGCCUCGUCAAGGACGCUUUCUACGCGGAUGCCGCUCCAUCAAUCACACGCGAUGAUUUGACUGCUGUGUUGCCCGGUUCGCUGCCCGAACUGGUGGACUCGGACGCGUUCGAACAGAUCUGGCGGAAGGCAGCCACCGAUGAGAUGGUCAAGCGGUUCGGCGACGAAGCGGGACGUGACGACGGCGGCGCGGUUACGCGCAACAUGAUCGGCGACUACAUGGUGUCGGACGAGUUCCACAAGGCCGUGUGCAAGGCCGGCGGCUCGGGCAUGUCAGCGAUGGGCGGCAUGAUGGGCAAGGCACCGCCUCCGUGGUCGUACAUGGGCACGUUCAUCGGUUCCGACAAGUUCCAGCACGGUUCGUGCGACAUGAUGUCGCAGGGCUUGAUCCAGUUCGGCGACGGCAUGAACGGAUGGUUCCGGUCGGCCGGCGCCGACGCUGACGCCGACGCCGCCGCGGUGACCCGGGACCCGUUGAGAGCGGUCGACGGGUUCUUCCGGUCCGAGUACUACGGCGACGCCCGGAAAAAGCUGCGCGACAUGUUCGCGGACGUCCGGUUCUGA